UUUGUGAAAAGACGCAUAUGCCCUUUAGCUUUGCGAAAGUGAUGCACCAUUUCCUCCCACGCUCUGUUUAGUCGCUCCAUGCUUCUCCCCACCAAGAAACGAUGCCGUGUUAUGCCCCUUCUUUCUGUCCCUACCUGGUAACUACCCCGUCCACCUCCGUCCACGGCGGUUCCCGUCACCGGAGACCGACCAAACGCAACGUCACCAUCCACUACCCAAAAAUGUCCCUAAACAACAACAACGAUAACACAUCAAACCCUAACCCCUCUUCCUUGCUGACGUCGCUUACCAAACUCCUCUGGGGACAAUCACUUCCGCCGGGCCUCCUAGUUUCCACCGCGCGUGCCACGUGGAAUGCCACGUGGCGCCUCAUGAUGUCACAGCUCGCUCCCUCCGACCCCUCAGGCGGUUACGCCAGGCCGGCCUCCAAGUUCCGCUUACCACAGAAGAACAUCUCAAGCCCAACGAGCCUGCACCUCUACGUGGCCCUUCCAUGCCCGUGGGCCCACCGGACACUUAUAGUCCGGGCCCUCAAGGGCCUUGAGGACGCCGUCCCGGUUUCCGUAGCAUCCCCAGGCCAGGACGGGUCGUGGGAGUUCAAACAGGCCAAUGGGCCGGGUUUAAGCCCGGGACUGGACAAGGCAAACAGGUGUAGAACGUUGAGGGAAGUUUAUGGGAUGAGAAAAGGUGGGUAUGAUGGGAGGGCCACGGUGCCUAUGCUGUGGGACAAGGAUUCGAAGGAGGUUUUGUGCAAUGAGAGUUAUGACAUAAUUGAAUUUUUCAAUUCCGGGUUGAACGGGUUGGCCCACAACCCGGGUUUGGAUCUAUCGCCUUCUGAGUUGAAGGGGAAGAUUGAGGAAUGGUAUAGUGUGAUAUACCCAAAUGUGAACAAUGGUGUUUACAGGUGUGGAUUUGCACAGACACAAGAAGCUUAUGACAGAGCAGUGAAUGAGUUGUUUGGAACAUUAGACAAGCUGGAGGAUCACUUGACCAGUUCCCGCUACUUAUGUGGAGAAAAAUUGACCCUUGUAGAUAUAUGUCUGUUUACCACUCUAAUUCGGUUUGAUGUUGCAUACAAUGUUCUUUUUAAGUGUACCAAGAAGAAGUUAUGUGAGUAUCCAAAUCUACAUGCCUACAUGCGUGACAUUUAUCAGAUGCCUAAGGUUGCAGAAACCUGCAAUUUUUCAGAAAUCAUGGAUGGUUAUUACAAAAUACUUUUCCCUCUAAAUCCAGGGAGCAUAAGACCAAUCAUGCCUUCCACUUCUGAGCAUGAAAUCCUUUGCAAACCUCAUGGUAGGGAGUCUCUAUCAGCAGCUUUACCUGUCUUUGUUAAAUAGUCAACCAGCUCCCAUGCACAAAGGGUGUUUCUAUUUGUAAUAUUAUAUGUGCGGCACAAUUUUUGUUUUAAAUGUAUAGCAUAGUUUCUGGUAUUGUAUUAUUGUGUAUUAUUUAUGUAGCUUAGUCCAUUUGAGAAACUGCUUAAUGUAACGCUUCGUCAUGUACGUGUUAAUAACAAACCAAAAUCCGAUGUAUAGUUCUCUUA